AUGGGCAAGAAAAAAUCAAAGACGACGCUCCCUAUGGACGACAUGAACGAUACAGCAUCCGAGAGUCUCUUGCCUGCACGAAGCUCAGAUACUACACAUCAUUAUCUGGAGCAGCAGGAAAGUACGGCAAUUUGUCGUCAACGGAGUAAAUCACGUCGAAUUUAUUGUGCUAUCUUUGCAUUAAUCACGGGCAUCCUCGGGUUUAUCGCUGUCUUAGCGAUCUUGCGUGCGGUGGAAGACGCAAACCACCUUGCACCUACUAAGCGUCCAGUGUUUCCAAUUCAAUAUGAAGCUAGUAUUACGUUUAAUAUGCCAUAUAUGGACAUGGUUGAGCCUCUGUACGUCCACGUGGACGAGGUCAAAGGGCUUCAAAAAUUGAGCUACUAUGGAGGCACGGACGUGUACAUUUACAAUACCAGUGGAACGAGCUACCAGAUUAUUCCGGUUAUUCGUGAACGCAAAUGCUUUCAAUCUGGCUCGGAAUCAUUGCAACAUGUCUUUCCUAACAUGGCUCUCUUUGAGCCUCAACACGGUAUCUUUCUUGUUGAAGGACGUCCGUGCUUUAGCUGGAAGUUUAUCACGAAACUUCAUGAACCGACACCAGAUGGUUUACUCGGAGAAUAUACGCUCUAUGUGGAUCAAAAAACAGAGCGACCUGUGCGAUUUCAUUACGUUGGACGUAAUGGUAUGCUAGGUGGAAGUCAUAUUGAUGAGUACUACUUGGACUACAUUUACGUUCGCGAAGGACCAGUCGACGAGGACGUGUUUUCGUCACUACCAGCUUUGAUGAAUUGCACAGAGAUGCUUGACGCCCAUGGUGGCCCGUCGCGCAGCCCCAAGCAAGAUAUUCAUAUGCUCAUGCCGGAAGGCACUGCGACAAAAAAAGAGGUUUUCAAUAACUUUUCCGCAAAGCAUAAAAAGAUGUACGAGGACGAAGCUGAGACUAUUAAACGCAUGACGACGUUUCACCACAACCUCCGCUUUAUUAAUGCUGAGAACCGCAAGGGGCUUUCGUACCAUCUGCAGGUAAACCAGUUUGCUGACCUGACUCUUGGUGAGCGGCGAAAAUUGCAUCAUCCGUCGCGGGCCAAACGUGCCAAAGACAACGGUGCUAUGAAUGUACACAAAUUUUCGAGCUUUGAAGACCCAGGAGACAUGGAUUGGCGGAAAAAGGGAGCUGUGACGCCCGUGAAGGACCAAGGCGCUUGCGGAUCUUGCUGGACAUUCGGCACGACUGGAGCGUUGGAGGGAGCGUUGUUUGCUCAACAUAAUAAGCUGUAUAAUAUGUCCCAGCAGAAUCUUCUUGACUGCUCGUGGGACUAUGGCAACAACGCGUGCGACGGAGGUUUUGACUACCAGGCGUACGAAUGGAUCAUGGCGAAUGGUGGACUCGAAACCACUGCAACGUAUGGAUCCUAUCGCAACGCACCUGACUAUUGUCACUUCAACGUUAACAAUGCCAUUGGGCGGAUGAAGGGCUUUGUAAACGUUACGAGUGUGGGAGCUCUUAACGAUGCGCUGGCUACGAUCGGUCCGCUGUCUGUGUCGAUUGACGCAGCACUUCCGUCUUUUUACUUCUACGGUGGCGGAUACUACGAUGACAUUGCGUGCAAGAGCGACUUGGACAGCCUUGACCACUCCGUCCUUGCAGUAGGAGUGACCACGGACAACGGGCAGAAGUAUACACUGGUCAAGAACUCGUGGAGCACGCACUGGGGUGAGUCUGGUUACAUCAAGAUUGCGCAAAAGAACAACGUGUGCGGUGUCGCGACGGCCGCGACCUAUCCCGUUCUUGCCGACUAA